UUUUCUCUGUUUCAAAGGAUUUUGCACACAGUGGGAGGCCACAAUGAGGUUCGAAAACAUUCUAGCCAAUAUUAAUGGAUUUGGAAGAUUUCAGAUAAUGAUCGUUGUGAUCAGCUUCAUUGGCCGUUUCACACUGCCCUGCCACUUCAUGCUAAACAACUUCAUAGCUGCUGUUCCCGCUCACCACUGCGACAUCAGCUCUCUGGAUGACGGAGGUAUUUUUAGGAAUUUAUCCCAGGCAGAGAGGCUUGCUGUUCUUAUUCCACUCCAGGCAGAUGGGACUCCAAACUCCUGUCAGAUGUUUGCAGAGCCUCAAUACCAUCUGCUGCUCAACUCUUCAGACAUGACUGAACUACCCACAGUGCCAUGUCAGAAUGGAUGGGUGUACGAUAACAGCACCUUCAAGUCUACCCUGACCUCACAGUGGGACCUGGUGUGUGAUAGAAGAGGGAAAAACAAAGCCACUGCUACCAUCUUCUUUGUUGGAGUGAUGUUUGGAGCCGUGUCCUUUGGAAGUCUGAGUGACAGGUUUGGCCGAAGGAUCAUGCUGCUGUUGUCAUAUGUGUCUGGAAUGCUCUUUGCUGUUGCAAGUGCUUUUUCUACAUCGUACGUGAUGUUCUGUGUGCUGAGGUUCUUCACUGGGUUUUGCAUCACCGGCAUCGUCAUUGUCUCAACAGUCCUCAGUGUGGAGUGGGUGGACAUUGAGCACAGGAAAUUGGUUGGAGUGAUCGACAGCUUAUCCUGGACAUUUGGGAACAUAAUAUUUGCAGCCAUUGCUUACUUCGUGACUGAUUGGCGGUGGCUACUUGUCAGUGUCAGCUCACCUUUAACCUUGGCCAUCAUUACCUGGAGGUGGAUGCCAGAGUCGGCAAGGUGGCUCAUUGCCAACAGAAAGCUGGAGCAAGCUCAGAAGUAUUUGGAAAAAUGUGCCAAGAUGAACCGAACAGAGGAGUUCAUUCAAAGGCUUAACACAGAGACACUGUCCACUAUUGUUGUGACUGAGAAAAGAGAUCGGCCCUAUUCGUACCUCGAUCUGAUAAAUACAGCCAAAAUGAGGAAACUGGCCCUAUGUACUGGUAUUAUGUGGUUUUGUGUGGCAACUGCGUUUUAUGGCAUCAGCUUCAACAUCACAGGCUUUGGGCUCAACAUCUACCUCACUCAGUUUACCUAUGCUUUAAUUGAGCUCCCAGCCAAAGUAUCAGUUUACUACUUACUGGAUAAGAUAGGCAGGAGAGGAACUGAGGUGGGAGCUCUGCUGAUGGUGGGCGUCUGUCUUGGAAUCAACAUUGUAAUACCUAAAGAUAUGUCUGUUGUCAGAACAGUGGUGGCUGUCAUUGGAAAAGGGUUCUCCUCUGCGUCAUUUGCAACGGUUGUGCUCUACAGUUCUGAGCUCUAUCCAACUGUAGUAAGGCAGAAUGGUAUGGGUUACAACUCUUUCAUGGCUCGAACUGGUGUAGCUGUGGCUCCUUUGAUUCUCUUACUGGAUGAGGUGUGGAAGGACCUGCCCCAGCUCGUCCUGUGCUCUAUAGCCAUACUGGGGGGAGUAGUGGCAAGAACACUGUCAGAGACACGCAACAGGUGCCUGCCAGAGACCAUAGAGGAUAUUGAACAACAGUGGUAGUGAACCCGUCUCUAGAGUCAGUGACGGUUCAGUCAAGCAAUGACAGUGUAUACGGUCUCCAUUUUCUAAUUAAUUCAUUUUUGAUUUAUGCUUGAAGUAGAAUUACAUUUAGCUUGUAUCUACACAUUGGGAGGUUAUUUGGGGAGGUGUGAUAAAAACCUGGAGAU